AUGUCGGCGGCCUCGCGACGCGCAAAGGCAACACUCGCAGCAGCUAUCGGCUUGUCUGCGCUUACUAUAUGGGCCGUUCACUUCCAGCAAGAACAACAGCAUGAAACCAUGUACCAAGGUGUUUUGCGGGACGAUGAGCGACGCAGGGAAAAGAGGGAAAAAAGAGAGGAAGAGCUGCGAGAGUCGCAGAGAAAACGGGAGAUCUACGAGAAAGUGCAACGGGUAGAGAGUGACAACCAGAAAGGCUGA